AUGGCAGCAGCAGAAGCCAGGGCUGUGUGGCAAAGAACAGCUAAUCGUUGUUUUGUUCAAGAAGAUGCAAAAAGAGCUCCCAAGCUAGCUUGCUGCCAAUCAUCAUCUUCAUCAUCUAAGCAAUUGGAUGGAGGACCAACAAGUGGAGCAGAUAUGCCAGAUCAAUCUUCUGUAGGUUUCAUGCCUCUCAAAAGGAACCCCUCAUAUUCCAGUCUGCCCCCCGAUACAAGAUGGUGGCUUCAACUGCAACCUAGCUAUGGGUACCAAAAAUGUUUAACACGUGAGCAGUUGGAAUCUGAGUUGGAAAGCUUGAGAGCUAACAUUGUAGACUCACCUUCUAAAAGCGAGGUUUGCCAACAAGAUGAUACAGACAGCAUGUGUGUGGAUGGCAGCAAGAAUAGCGAGUCUUCUCCUGAUUCAUAUUGUAUGAUCUCUGCUGAUUAUAUGAAGAAAGAUCUUGAUAAUAAGAAACAAGAGCUAGAAACUUUAUAUGACAAGGAUUUUCAAGAAUUUAAUGAACUUAAGGAUGCAAGGAAGAACUCCAAGUUGAAAGAGAUGGAUCCUACUGGAUGGCCCAAAUCACAAAAAAAUGAUGAAAUCUGCUUGGAUUGGGGGGGAAAGAACAUGCCAUGGUGGCGUGCGACGGAUAAUGACUUGGCCUCCUUGGUUGCACAGAAGUCACUUGAUUAUAUUGCAAACUGUGACCUUCCCCCACCUCAAAAGACGAACAUCAGGAGACGGCCAUGCGCUCAUUCUGGAUCUUUUGAGCAUGAUAAUACACUGUCAUCAUCUUUGGAUUGGAAGGCACAAAGUGGUUGUAUCUCCUCUGCAACUGAUCAUGUACAGGGCUGUCCCAAAUCCGAAGGCAUGCCUGGAAAACAAAGGGUUUCAACUGAAGGGCAAUUACAAAGUGUUUCUGACAAGGCAUGCAGUUAUAUGACAACCAAUAAGGAAACUGCUGAAAUUGGACAAGUUUCUGAGAGUGAUCCUUGCAAGGCUCAACUAUUGGAAGCACUCCGGCAUUCUCAGACACGUGCAAGGGAGGCUGAGAAGGUAGCAAAGCAAGCCUGUGCUGAGAAGGAGCAUAUUGUCAAGCUCUUCUUCAAACAGGCCUCUCAACUUUUUGCCUAUAAGCAGUGGUUCCAACUGCUGCAGCUCGAAACCCUUUAUUACCAGAUGAAGAACAGCGAUCAGCCAAUGUCUAAUCUCUUCCCUGUAGUUCUUCCAUGGAUUCCUCACAAAGGUAGGAAACUGCGCAAGAGCUGGCAAAAGUCAUCAAAGGGUAAACGAGGCAAGCGAUGUCGUCCAAAGCAUGACAUUGGCAAGUAUGCUGUUGCUUUUGCAUUAGGGUUGAGUCUUGUUGGUGCUGGGUUGCUACUGGGAUGGACUGUGGGUUGGAUGCUGCCUUUCUAG